AUGCAUCUCUUCAGUUGUUGCCUGUUUGUAGCUGUUAUCCUUGGCGUUCAGUCUUUAACCGACGAAGAUCGUGUGAGAUUGCCAGAAAUACGUGAAGAAUGCUUAAAUAAGGCCGGACUAGCUCAUAAAGUGAUUCCUACAAUUCAAGAAGAACAAAUUUACAGCCUUUGUUUUGCCAAAAAGAUCGGUUUGAUUAGCGAAUCCGGUAAUAUUCUAACCGACAAGGUCAAGGCCAAAGUGAAGAAAACGAUUAAGGAUGACCAUAAAGUAAGUGAGAUCCUAAAGAAGUGUGCCGUUCAAAAAGAUACACCAGAGGCUACCGGUUUUCACUUGAUGGAAUGUUUGAGCACAGAAGCUCCUUAA